GCAGUCAGAGAACGGAGGUGUGGGCACAGAGGGCUGCCAUGGGGGACUUGGAAUAGGGGAACCUGAGUCACCAGAGAUGGAAAGUCCAAGCUAUAGAGAGCCAGGUGCUUGGACAAGGGAGCCCCUAGGCCGGCAGUCAGAGAAAGGCUUUGAGCACCUGGGUUGGAAAAAAGUAGGGCCAGUGUCCAGUAUGGAAGGUAGAAUGUCCCCAGGAGAAGACUGACAGGCUAAAUCCAGGUGUGCGCGACCUCCCAAGGAGAGGGCCCCCUGGCCAGGAAGGGGCGCGAUAAGUUUCCAUUCAACAGGACUUCUCUGGUCACCUACCUGCUGUGCCCCUGGGCCCUUUGCUGGCUGCUGGGGACGUGCCCAACCCCCAGCCUCACUGUAAAGUGAGCCAAACAGAGCCAGCAGCUACCAGCACAGAGCUGGGUAAGCGCCGCAGUAGAGACAUGGCCGGGGAAGCCUGGAGAGCAGAGGGGAGCUUGCUGGGGCGGCAGGAAGCCGGACAGAGCGGGCACCUGCAGAGUGAAUGUGGCCCAACAGAGGAAGCGUCCGUGCAUUCCAGGCCAGGGCAGGACCUGGGCACAGCCUGGAGGCAUGGAGAGCAGAGAGGGCAAGGAGGAGGGCACAGCCUCUGACCUCACAAUACCCAGAGCCCACUGGGCCCGCCUUGCAACCUGCAAACUCCGGCGCCCUCCUCCAACCCGGGCAAGGCCCGGGGCCCUGGGCAGCCUCCAGGUGCAGCGCCCUCCCUUGGGCGGCACCCAUCCUGCUGCCCCAGGGCAUGUCUCUACUCACCAAUUAUGAGGGGCUUCGGCAUCAGAUCGAGAGGCUGGUGCGGGAGAAUGAGGAGCUGAAGAAGCUGGUACAGCUCAUUCGGGAGAAUCACGAGCUCAAGUCGGCGAUCAAGACACAAGCGGGUGGCCUGGGCAUCAGCGGGUUCAGCUCGGGGCUUGGCGAGGCGGCGGCCAGCCCUCCUCAACGCCCGGGAAACUGUGUCUUCCUGCCCCCGUCCCCGACAGCCACAAAUGAGCCUAUCCUGGAUGAAAUGGGGAUUAUGACUCUGGCGCCCCUGGCCGACAUGCUGAACAGCCCACAGCCCAGCCCCGCAGCAGGCGCCAUCAUGAACCCCCUGAUGGGCCCCCUCAACACACUGCUCCCUGGACCAGGGUCCAUGUCACAGAGCAUCCCGCUCACCAGCCUCCUGACCAGCCCCCUGAGCAGCCACCUGACUGGCCCCAUGGCAGUGUCCCCGGGGGGCACACUGACCAGCUCCCUGGGUCUGCCUUCAACUGGCCCCCUGAGCAGCCAUGUGACUGGCCCCAUGGCAGUGUCUCCAAGCAGCCCCCUGAUGGCCCCUAUGACAGGCACAGUGGCCGUCUCUCUGAGCAGCCCUCUGCUCACCUCCAUGGCUGCUCCUCUAGGUGUUUCUCAGAACCUUCUGGCCAACCCCAUGAGCAAUCUGGUGCUGUCGGAGGCCCCGAGGGUGCGGCUGUCAGAGCCGCUCCGAGGAUGCCCCUCCAGACCCCAUCCCUCAGCUGGAGCAGGGCCUGCCGCCACCACCAAAGUCCCAAUCUCCACUGAGCAUCCCCAGCCGACCCAGGACCUGGAGCCCUUCAGCAUGACAUUUGUGGGCUCACCCAUCCAGGCCUCCACCCCUAUCGGGACUAGGGGCACGCCUGGCCCCAUUACCACCUUUUCCUACAGCAGCUCAGACGCCCAGACCCAGCCCAGUGCCCCUAAGGGACAAGCAGUUCCUGUAUCUGUCCCCACCACCCCACCUGUCUCUCCAACUGCCACAGUCCUCGUCCCUAUCCCUACUCCCGCCCCCCAAGCUACCACCAACUACACCCCCUCGAGCACCACCCACAUUGUCCAGUGCCCCCCCCAGUCUCCCACCCGGCCACACCACUCCCCCACCCAGCCCUCGCCCACCCCCCACUCCCCUCCACGAAACCCCCACUCCCCGCCCCGAACCUCAUCCUCCCCGGCUACAGUCAACGACACCCGGGGUCCACGUGGCGCAGAGACAUCUCGGAAAAGCAUCCUAGAGUUGGAACGGAAGCUAGCCCACCGAAAGACCAGCAAGUUCCCUGAGAGCCCCCGAGAGUCAAAGCAGGUAGUCUGGGAGAGGCUGGUGGGGGAGAUUGCCUUCCAGCUGGACCGCAGGAUCCUGUCCAGCAUCUUUCCUGAGCGCGUGCGUCUCUACGGCUUCACUGUCUCCAACAUUCCAGAGAAGAUCAUCCAGGCCUCCCUGAACCCCCGCGACCACAAGCUGGAUGAGGAGCUGUGCCAGACACUCACACAGCGCUACGUGAGCAUCAUGAACCGGCUACAAAGCCUGGGCUACAACGGGCGGGUGCACCCAGCACUGACCGAGCAGCUGGUGAAUGCCCACGGCAUCCUGCGAGAGAGGCCGGAGCUGGCUGCCUCGGAAGGCGGCUCCUACACCAUGGACUUCCUGCAGCGCGUGCUGGUGGAGAAUGUGCACCCCAGCAUGCUCUCGGACGCGCUGCUGCUACUCUCCUGUCUCAGCCAGCUGGCGCACGACGACGGCAAGCCCAUGUUCAUCUGGUGACCCCGCUGGGCGGCCCGGGUCCGCCCCGCCCCGCGCCCCGCCGGGUGCAAAGCCAUUAAAGCUUCCCACAGACGCUGGCCUCUGGGCCCGGGCUCGGUGGUGCGCACCUCCGGGGUGGCUGGCCAGCUCCUCACUCCCCUGC